GUGUGGUGGCUGUCAGACACACUCUCUUCUCUUCUCUGAUCAUCAUGUCUGAGAGCAGCUGGACUCCUCAGGAUCUGGUCAGCAGAUCUCAGGAGGCUAAAGGUUUCUCCUACAGUCCGUACAGCAGCUUCAGAGUAGGAGCAGCUCUACUGACCACCGACCAGCAGCUCUACACCGGAUGUAAUGUAGAAAACGCCUGUAACAAUCUGGGAAUCUGCGCUGAGAGAACCGCUAUCUGUAAAGCUGUAUCAGAGGGACACAGGAGUUUUAAGGCCAUCGCUGUGGCCAGUGAUAUGAUGGACCACUAUAUCUCUCCGUGUGGAGGCUGCAGACAGUUUAUGAGAGAGUUCGGUUUGCAGUGGGAUGUUUAUUUAUCGAAGCCGGACGGUUCUUUCAUUAAGAAAACGGUGGAGGAGCUCCUGCCCGUAUCCUUCGGCCCUGAAGACCUGCGGAGGAAAAAAGCUGUUCCUGCUUCUGAAAACUCUCUUUAGACCCCAAUAAUCCCAGAAUAACCAAAUAACACCAAGAACACUGUGGAAUAUUCUGCUUUUCAGCUGUUACAAGUUUAUAUUGGGGCUUUACUGAUGAUUAAAUUUAUAUCAAUAUUAAUUACAAGGGUCUAACAAUUCAGAUAAUAUCUGCUAACAUCUGUUUCUAUAUAAUAUUUGUAUUGCAGUUUUAUCCUCCAUGUGUUAAUAAAACUGGACUUUCCCUACA